CAGCUGUAGACUUGAUCUUACAUCCUGAAACAACACACUCCUUGGAGAAUAUAUAUUCAUCUAUCAGAAAUCACAUACCAUGGCUCAAACUUUCGACGUCACGGCUCUUCGCAAGCACUUCCCUGCUCUUGAUAAGAAGCAAGUGUACUUUGAUAAUGCGGGCGGUAGCCAGGUCAUCCAGGAAGUAGUUGACUCUGUCUCCGACUAUCUGUCGGGUACAAACGUGCAACUCGGAGCUUCAUACCCGAUUGCUCAGAAAUCGACCAACUUGUUCGCAGCAGGAAAAGACGCUGUGGCCAAGUACAUCAACGCCUCAUCAGAUGAAGUCGUACUCGGACCCUCGACUACUCAACUAUUCCGCAAUCUCUCCCUAGCACUCUACGAACACCUAACCCCAGGCUCCGAAAUCAUCCUCUCAAAACUCGACCACGAAGCAAAUAUAGCCUCCUGGCUCCAAAUGGCCUCUUGGAGAAACCUAACCAUAAAAUGGUGGGAUGCCCCCAACAAGCAAAACCCAAAACUCGAAUGUUCAGUCCUCGAGUCCUUGCUGUCUGAAAAGACAAAGCUGGUCUGUUGCACACACACGAGCAACAUUUUGGGCACGAUCAGUGAAAUCAAGAAGAUUGCCAAUCUCGUACACACGGUGCCAGGAGCACUGCUUGUCGUGGAUGCAGUGGCAUAUGCUCCCCACAGACAAGUAGACAUGCGAGAUCUAGACGUUGAUUUCUACUGUUUCUCAUGGUAUAAAGUCUAUGGUCCUCACAUCGCCAUGCUCUAUGCCAAACAAGCCAGUCAAGCCUCUCUGCAAACUCUAGGACAUUACUUCAAGGGCUCUGCGACACUAGAGGAUAAACUGGGCUUGGCGGCUGCAAACUACGAACUCACUGCUUCCAUUCCAAAAGUUUGUGAGUAUCUGAGCAAGAUUCCAUGGGAGCAGAUUUCUAGCCAUGAGGGAAAGUUGCAGGGGAUUUUGAUUGAUUACUUGAAUUUGAGAGAGGAUGUCAAGAUUUGGGGUGAGCCUGUCAAGGAUGCCGCGAAGCGUGUUCCUGUGAUUAGUUGGACGGUGGAUGGUCGCAGCAGCAAGAGUGUUGUUGAUGCGGUUGAGGCAAAGAGCGACUUUGGUUUCCGCUGGGGUGCAUUUUACUCUAACCGUCUGGUUGAGGAGGUCAUGGGACUUGACCCGGUCGAUGGCGUUAUCAGAGUCAGUCUGGUGCAUUACAAUACUGAGGAUGAGAUCAAGCAGUUUGUCAAGGUGUUAGAUGAGGUGCUCUCCAAUUGA